CCUCGGGUCUGCCUCCCCCAGCUGUGUUUGCAUGAUUCUGAAGGAGCAGUUCAUUGUGACCAAGUAUACUUUCUCAUUGGAGAGCAGGCGGAACUAUGCAUCCCGGAACCUCACAGUUUACCUUGAUGACAUUGUGAAGCCAACGGCCCUCAAAAACCUCACUGUCUCAAAGAGUGAGAGGCGUUCCUUUAUCCUGACCUGGAGAAAGGACUACAACUCAUCUAAUCCUUUAAAGAUCCCCGGAGUAGUCUAUCAAAUCCGUAUUUCAUCCGAAGGACAAACGGAACCGAUACUGAAAAAUCUUACAGAGCAAGCGGAGCGCUAUGAAAUUUUUGCUGACACCCUCUUGCCGGGAAAGUGCAGUGCAAGUGUACGAUAUAUAAUACCAGAAUGGAAAAGCGAGUGGAGCGAGUGGAGUAUCCCCUGCGAAUGGUCCAAUGAUUUCAAGUCGGAAAAUGGAGACAGUCUCUUGUGGGGCGUUCUCUUGGCCUGCUUCCUAGUGAUGGUGCUGGUCUCCAUCGGUUACGUCUGCUUGGCCAGGCUGAAGCGAGAAUGGUGGGACGACAUCCCAAGCCCUGGCAAGAGCAAUCUGGGCAAGGAAUUUUGGAAAAAGCCGUGUCUGGUAGUGCCGAAGAUGUUCCCAGGGGAUGAAGGCAAGGCACCUCUCUGUGCCCCGUCACAGAAUUUCAUGGAGCGGCAGCGAAACGUCAAGGAUUCUCCACUUAAAGACGAGGCCGAUUUCCCUGGCUGGCCAAAGGAGGUGGCCGCAGCGGUUCCCGGGAGCAGGCUGGGAGGGAAAUGGGGGCCGUUCUUCACUCCGGAAGUACCUUCCGUUGAACCUUCUCUUACAAUCUGCAGCCGCUCAGCAGACACAGGCCCUGAAGCCCUGACGGAGGAAGAAGGAGACCACGUCUCUCACAUGGAUGCCUUCAUAGACAUUUUUCUGGAUAUCCUGGGGGGUGGGGGCCAUGCAGGAGAUGUUGAAAGCCCUGCCAAGCCUGUCCUGGAAGCGCACCCCUCAGCCAGGGCUCCAGGACAAGGGCUUGGUGACCUUUGCUCGUUCGGCGGAACACCCGGAAAGAGCCCAGCGGGGUCUUCCGAAUCUGGCUAUCGGAACUCUGAAGUUGCUGCCUCUGCCCAGGCAGCAAGUCCUGCACCUGAGCAGAGCCAAGGUGACACCCAAUGCCAUUCUGCCACACAAUACAAAUUGUUGCUUUCCCCGCGGAAACUGUCCAGGGCGUCAUACCGGGAAGUUUUCACAGACGGAGUUGGUCCCCAGGUCGAUUCCCCAGGUAGCAGCAGGGCUACGACACCCCAGCCUUCUUGCUACAAGAGUCUCAGCAGCCUCGUGUGUCCAUCCCCAGCCAGCUUCAGCCAACCGUGGGAACACCCGCUGGAUCUUUCCAGAGUUGACCAAUCCUAUCCACAGGGUAGCUGGCCUUCCUCCUGUGAAGAAAUAGCAGCGCUGUUUUUCCCUCCUCGGCAGGAAGCACCACCCCAGGAGGCCCCAGGCGUUCCUUGCACCAUUGACUCCUGCUUGCCCGGCUACCGACCCUUUAGAUCUGCCCUUGCCCCAAGUGCAGCCUCCCAGGAUCCCAGCUGUUUUGGCGGGGGCUCCCCCUAUAAGCCCUUCCUUGGUGUCCUCAGGAGCAUUCACCAGGAAGCCCAAUGCUGAAGACACAGGACACAGAGAGAGAGGCUGGGGAAGGCCUGGGGAAGAGCCCCUGACCUUUGCUUGUAGCCUGGGCACAGGGGCCAAGGAGGAGAAUUCCGGCCAGCAGCGGAGAGAGGGCUUCUCCCCCCAGGGUAUGAGGUGACAUACUCAAGGGAAGAGGCAUGGCUGAGGGCUGAAUACUGACCUCCUUGGCAGAGCAGGGGGCAACCCACCGGCAGGCUGUGUGAGCCAGGCAUAGUGGCUCACUUGGGCUCAGCUGGGCGCUGGAUUUCUCCUUGGGAAAUUUGUUAGAGAGCCUGUGAGUGAGUUGUUGAGAGAAGGGGGAGGCCAAGUGGGAAUGGAACGCAUCUUGCCCCUCUGCCACCAGCCGGGGAUGUGCGUCCAGCAACUGCCACCAUCCCAGAGCCUCUUCCGCUCUGCCUCGCAUGCCCUACUUCCUCUUGCUUCAUACGGAUGAGCCGAGGGCCCCUGCUCCAGUGGCUGGCUUUCUUUUGUGGUCAGUGCUGUGGCUUCCCUGCACCCUGGCAGAGCCAAACUUGAGAGCUUUUCUUAACGCCUCCUGGCCAAAGGGCAGGAAUUCUGCAGGGUUCCCUCCUGGGACACAGGGACAGAGGGGAAGAGGUAGACCUCGUUCGUGUAUCUCUGUUCCUGGUGGGGAUUGCUUUCAAGGCAUUGCCCUUUCUAGUCGCAUUGAAGACCUUUAGCCGGAUAAUCAGGCUGCUGCGCACUUACUCUGCUUGUACCAAAAGGGCUUGUCUCCAAAAAGACCAAACCCUGAAAGUUGGGAAGGGAAAGGUAGCUCAUGGCUCAGAGGUACAGCACGUUCUUUGUGGGCAGUCAGUCCCGGUUGUCGUUCCCCGUCUCCUUCUGUUAAAAGGAGCUCCUGUUCUCCCUGCUGACUGGAUGGCCAGAAGAAGCCGGGAGCAUCCCCUCCCCUCCCCUGUGUCUCUUCAGAUCAGUGCUUGCGUCGUGCGCCACCAUAGGGAUCGUUGGUGAAUGGGGGCGGGGGGGGGGUCUGAUCACUUUAGGAGAGCGAAUUCAGCCUUCGUGCCAAACAGAGGACCUCCAAAAGACCAGCCCGUUCCCUGGUCCUACCCAAGAGUGACAUAAAGUGUUUUUAUAGAUUUUUUAUUUUUCAACAAUUUUUUGAUUUAACAAAUUUAUCAACAGUAAACAAAAGUAAACAAGUUUUAACAAAAUCAAAAAGAGUCCAGUAGCACCUUUAAGACUAACCAAUUUUAUUGUAGCAUAAGCUUUCGAGAAUCAAGUUCUCUUCGUCAGAUGCCUGAUACAGAGACUGGUCAAACACAGAAGAGCAGGAGAGAGAAGAGAGGCGGCAAUUAGGGGGGGAGGGGGAGGGAGCAAUCAAAACAUUCCUUUGCUAGUAUAUGUAAACAUCUCCUUUUGGUGUGUGUAUCAGUUGGCUUCAAAGGAGUUUGCCCUGUUAGUUUGUAGCAGCCAAACAGCUAGACCAUCCAAUUCCAAUGUAGUAUGGGCCUUCGACAACCACAGCUCUCCCUGCCAGAUGCAUCUGACAAAGAAAUCUGUGGUUCCCGAAAGCAGUAACAGUACAGGUAAAUUGGUAAAACAAUACAGUAACAGUACAGGUAAAUUGGUAAAACAAAAACAGAGAGAGAGAGAGAGAGAGAUUUGAAGUGCAUACAUGUAGCCUACAAUAAAACGUACAUAUUUGGAGAACCAAAAGUUUCACACUAUUAAGGUUACAAUAAGAAAGGGUCUAUUGGAUAUUUUUUGCUGGGACCAAUGUCUUCUGUAAUCAAAUGAUCUAGUACUGGAAGCCAGUCUUCCCAAAAGUCUGAUUGUAUCAUUGGCUAUUCAGAACAACAGAUUUGAUAUGUUACCUUCUCCAUGUAAUACUGGUCCCAAACUUUGUUAAACCACAGGGGGAGUGUAGGGGGUCUAGGGUCCUUCCACCUCAAAGCGAUGGCUGUUUUAGCUGCAGCUAAAAGCAUAGCCACCCUUUUCCUUAUAAUAGUGGGUAUAUCAUAGCUUGACCAUAAGUUAAGUAAAAUUGUUUCAGGUUUAAAAGGAACUAUAAUACCCAACAUUUGUUUGAUAACAGUUGUUAUCAACGGGGGUAACGGGGCUUGCCCAGGGAGGGGAGAGAUGUGGACCUCUUUCUGUGGUUGGGCAGCUGCCUUGCCUUGGGUCCACCAGGCCCUGGCAUGGUUGGGCAUGACCACCGAGUGUGUAGCUGAAUGCCUGGCCACCAGAGGAGCUCCCCCCCCCCCAAGCUAGAUCCAUACUUGGUGGUUGGAGCAGGCAGUGCUAUUGUAGAACAGGCCUUGGCUUCCGUUCUGGAAUGGCAGCAUUACGCACUCCCCACCCCACCCUCCAGCAGUGCUUGGGCUGCUUGGUGGAGCCAGUGUGGGGAUGGCAAAAAGCUCUGCAAAUGGGACAUUAUAAAGGGGGACAAGGUUGUAGUUUUGAAGUCUGGAAAAGUUUGUCCCCUUUGUAUCAUUUACUGGACGCAUUAUCUUUUUUAUUCCAUUGAAUA